CAGUAGAUUGUAAUCAUGACAUACCUCACCCACUACAUGUAGUACUAAGUAACCUUUUAGCUGGAGUAGAAAGUGAUAUUUGGCUCUAUGAACCUAUUUGACUAGCUACCAGGCGUCUUCUUCAUCUUUCUAGCUCAAGGAACGUCUGCACGAAAGACAAAAUGGCUUACACUUGGCCGGUAGUCGUUGCUGGCAUUUCGUUCGUAAUUUACUACACACGCCUCUCUUGGUUGUUGUUGCCAUGUCUUCUAUUUGGGGCGUUUCUUGCGUCAGGUGGAAAGUCUUUUCCAAGGGUGUUCUUUCGUACAAUUUUGCGUGAUCUGAGGGUCGUUUACUUGGUUGCAAAGAUUAGUAUUCGAGUCAAAAGAAUUCAGAAGAAGGGAAAUGUGACUGUUGCUGACUUAUUUCGAGGAACAGUGUCUAAACAUCCGGGGAAAGCAGCCUUCAUAUUUGAACAGACAACUUGGACAUUCCAAGAUGUGGAGGAUUUCUCCAACAGAAUUGGAAAUUAUUUCAAGUCACAGGGCUACAAAAAGGGAGAUGUAGUGGCUGUCUUUCUGCAUUCCUGCCCUGAGUUUGUUUGCAUAUGGCUGGGUUUGUCUAAGAUUGGUGUGAUAACUGCCCUCAUUAACAACAACCUUCGACUAGAGUCUCUGAAGCAUUGCAUAUCUGCUGCAGAUCCCAGGGCAGUAAUCUUUGGAAGUGAUCUUUCAGUCGCUGUGAGAGAUGUUCGUAGUCAGUUACCAGAGGAUGUGGAGCUGUACAACUUUGGAACAUCUCCUUGUUCUGAGGCUUCAGCUAAGAGCUUGCUUCGGGAAUUGGAAAGAAGUCCCUUGAAACCACCACCUGCUGAUGAAACACAGAUGUUUGAAGAUGCACUGAUGUAUAUCUACACUUCAGGAACAACUGGAUAUCCUAAAGCCGCAGUAAUAACUCAUCAGAGGUUCUUCAGAUUCAGCUGUGUUCCCUCUCUGUACAAUAUUACAUCCAAGGACAUCAUGUACUGUACUCUACCAUUAUAUCACUCUGGAGGAGGAGCACUUGGUGUGGGAGCUUGUCUUUUACAAGGAGUCACAUUGGUUCUGAGAAAAAAAUUUUCUGCUUCUAAAUUUUGGGAGGAAUGUAUUGAGCAUAAAGUAACAGUGAUCCAGUAUAUUGGUGAGCUGUGCCGCUAUCUGCUAGCCCAACCAUAUUCACCAUCAGAGAAGCAACACUCAGUACGUGUUGCAUUUGGCAAUGGAUUACGGCCUCAAAUAUGGAAUGAAUUCCAGUCUCGUUUUGGUAUCAGCAAGAUUGGAGAGCUUUAUGGUUCUACUGAAGGAAAUGUGGCAUUUUUCAACAUUGAUUAUACCCCAUGUGCCUGUGGUUUUGUCUCAGUUAUUUUCCCAAAGUUGCUUCCAUUUUAUUUUAUUAAAGUUGACCCCAUUACUGGUGAGUUGCUUAGAGAUAAGAAUGGGCUGGCAAUCCAAGCAAAUACUGGGGAACCUGGACUUGUAGUUGGAAAAAUUGUCAAAGAGAGAGGCAUUACAUUUGAUGGAUAUUUGAACCAACAAGAAACUGCAAAGAAACUUGGCCACAACAUUUUUAAGAAGGGAGAUAUAUAUUUCCUAACUGGAGAUCUUCUCAUCAAGGAUGAGUAUGGUUAUGUUUAUUUUCAUGAUCGCAUUGGAGAUACAUUUCGCUGGCGAGGAGAAAAUGUUUCUACAGCUGAAGUGGAGGCAAUAAUGAGCAAUAUACUGAGUCUUCGUGAUGUGGUGGUUUAUGGUGUCAAAAUCCCUGGCACUGAAGGAAGAGCUGGCAUGGCUGCCAUUGCAGAUCCACACAACAAAGGCAUUGACUUGAGCUCUCUUGUUCAGGGCUUGAAAGAAAAAUUACCAAUUUAUGCUCAUCCCAUAUUCUUGCGAAUAAUCCUGGGUGAUGUAAGUCUUACAGGAACAUUUAAACUUCAGAAAACUAAGUUAAGACAAGAAGGAUUUGAUGUAGGAGUGGUGAAGGAUAAACUUUUUUAUUUUGAUUCACAAGUAAAGCAAUAUGUAGAUUUGGAUGAAGGAAAGUAUGCUAAAAUUGUUAGCGGUGAAAUCAGAAUGUAGGAUUUUGUAUAUACAUGUUUUUCAUUUUUAGUUAUAUACUUGUGCAACUUCUGUACAGAACCACAAUACCAUUCCAAAACUUAAACUCUUCACUAGGUUUCUGGGCUUUGUACAUGAUGUCCUGCAGGUUGACUGCUAAUAGUUAUUAUUACCUUAAAUUCAAUAAUUCACAUACAGUAUGUUUUCAGUACUAUGAUGAUUCACAUGUCAUAAAAUGUAGGAGUAUAGUUCAUGUGUUUUUUGUCUUUCAUUUUCCAACAAAAUCACUUUUAAAUGCUACUUCAUACAUCAUGGGUGUACACAUCUUGUAGCACUGUUGAACCGUUUGGAAAAUUGCAUGUCUGUUUCUUUGUUUAUGUUUGACAUUGACAUAUCAGGAACAAGAUAUUUUGUUGCAUAUAUACAAUGAAAUUAUAAAGAAAAACAAGGUAAUAGCUGUAUAAUCAAGUCAUAAGUUACUCUUUCUAUUCUGUCUUUUGCUUUUCAGUGCAAUGUAUCAAAAGACAUAUUUAUAUAUAAAUAAUUCAGUGCUCCAAGCUGCGACCAUUUUGGUCACUCUGGCAAGUGAAAAUAUAUUUGGCAACUAAAAUUGCAAUGAAAGUUAUCAAUUGGCCAAUCAACCACCAGAUAGAAAAAGGAAAAAAAGGAGUACAAACAUUUUUUAAUGGCCUCUAUUUUACAAUUGAUGGUCACAAAAAGGAAACUCUUAGGAAAAAGUGAGCUGAGAGCCCUUAAAUUUGGUUUUUAUCAUUUAAGUUGAUAUUGUAGAUAGGCCACUGUAAGGAGUUUCUUAA